AUGUUACACGGUGUAUGUUGUACAAUACUUGUAAUUUUGACACUAAAUUUUCAAAUUGAACAUUCGAUACAGCAAAAGGUUCCAUUUGAACGAAUUGUAAAUUUUCUGCAAACAAAUAGAGACGAUGUGUUAGAUAGAGAAAGUGCAAUUGAUUCCUAUAGGAGCGCACAAGACGAAAUUGCAGGAGAAUUAAAGUUAGAGGCUAUCAGAAAGGCCAGGGCUGCUGAUAAAAUUAGGCAAUUUGCCAAGGACGUCGGCGCCGCUAAGGCUAGGAAGGGUAAGGAGAGGGAGGAGUUUGAGAUCCAAUUGAACGUCAACCUGGCUCAAGCCAAACUUCUAGACAAGGAAUCGCAAUUGUUAUCUGACCGAGCUAGUGAAAUGGAGAAUCAACUAAAAGAUUUUCUGGCAUCACCAGAUAAAGCUAGCAUGCACAUCCACAACUGUAAUAUUUUUAAAGUGGGACCAUUAAACCUAGCUACAAGAGUGGACGAUGUUAAGGAGUCACUUAAAAGUGGAUUGGUUGGCAAGCUAACUGGUCAAGAACUGACUUUAUAUCUCGACAAGAUGCCAUUUGUCACAUACAUACUUUACGACAUUGUACUGCCCGUUAAGAGUGUGGAGGGGGCUCCAACGUGUUUUUCGUUCAAAUAUAGAGGUACACAUGCAAGUGGAGCAUCGUCAGAUAGAGUUUUGUGUGCUUCUACGAGAUCUUCCGCGCACAGCUGGAUGAACGCUAUCAGUGAAGCUUGGUUUUGCGCAAACAAAGGCAUUCAGGGUACGUUGGUGGGUAGAGGUACCAGCAACAGCGAAAUUGAAAAUGAUAAGAAGAGGCUGGAUGCCUUUAGGAAGAGUGUGCCAAAGGGCCUGGUUAACGUUAAUGUAUCGCUGGAUAAGGACCACAAGAUACAUGUGUUGGUGAACGGGAAAGAAAAGCCCUCUGAAUCGGUUAUCGAUGUGGGAAAGUUAAUUGGCGAAAUGCACGUCAAAUAA